GGGAAAAGGAGGGGAGAGGCGCGGAGGGUGGCCCCGGAGGUUUCGCGGGCGGCGCAGCCAAUGGGGAGGCGCGGGAAGGGAUGGGAAGGAGGGAGGGAAGGAGCAGGUGGGCGCCCGCGGCGGCGCAAAAGCAACGCCGGUUGCACAGGCUGCGCCUCCCUCCUUCCCGCGCUGCCUGUGUUUCGGAUACAGAGGGACGCCGCUUGACACACUGAAGCCGCCCCGCACCCGCAGCCCCGCCGAGCCGAGCCGCUAUGGCGUGCCCGAGGUGCUUCGGAAGACUAUGAAAUCCUUCUGGAAAGUCUCUUCAAGUCCAGCGGGGGCGCGGAAAGGUGGAGAUGAGCCCGGGAAACUGCCCGAACAAGAAGAGGAGGAGGAAGAGGAAGAGGAGGAGGAGGAGGAGGAAGAAGAGGGAGCCCAGGUUCUGCACGGCACGGGCCACUGCAAGUGGUUCAACGUGAGGAUGGGCUUCGGGUUCAUCUCCAUGCUCCACCGCGAGGGAAGCCCCCUGGACUCUCCCGUGGAUGUCUUUGUACACCAAAGCAAGCUUUACAUGGAAGGAUUUAGAAGCCUAAAAGAAGGAGAACCAGUGGAAUUUACAUUUAAGAAAUCUUCCAAAGGCCUUGAAUCAAUACGGGUAACAGGUCCAGGUGGGAUUCCUUGUUUAGGAAGUGAGAGACGACCCAAAGGAAAAACAGUACAGAAAAGAAAGCCAAAGGGAGAUAGAUGUUACAACUGUGGUGGCCUCGAUCAUCAUGCUAAGGAAUGUACUCUACCUCCACAGCCAAAGAAGUGCCAUUACUGUCAGAGUAUCAUGCACAUGGUGGCGAACUGCCCACAUAAAACUGUUCCGCAGCAGCCCACUAGUUAUCAGGGAAGAUACGAAGCAGAACCCCAGCCUUCCACAUCAGCGUUCGUGAGAGAAGGCGGAGGGGCCUAUGGCUACACGUCUCCAUCUUAUUCUCAGGAGGGAAGGGCAGAAAUCUUAGAACGGUCACCACAAGAAGCCACUUCAAGUAAGAUAUCUCUAUCACCUGAAGAACAAAGCCGAAAAGGGCCCUCUGUCCAAAAAAGGAAAAAGACUUAAAGAGCUUUCAUUACAGCCCUUUGUCUCCUUACCCUCUUGGGAUGUCUACCUCAUUCAAGCACAAGGAGCAUAAUGCCACUCGUCUUGCAGCCAGCCUCAGAUUCUUAACUACUGUUGUAAAACUACAGUCUUUUCCAAAAUGAAACAGACCAGUCGCUCUGAGCAAAUUUCAUUUUAGCAUAAGAUAAUAUUUUUAUUGAAGUGAUUUGGGUAUACAAACAAACAAACAAGCCAAGGUUUCCAUUGUGCUUAUGAGCCACCAUAAAAUUUUGGUCUGUUUGUUCCCCUGCCUUUGCUCUUCUAGUGCACUGCUUCUUAAACUGUGGAUCCUGACCCCAAAUGGGAUCCUCUUACCUCAGUGUUGGAGCCCAAACAAAUUGGCAGCAGUAAACAUUAUCUACAGGUUGUUUUAGACAUUCACACUGUUGUGCAGUGUUUUCAGUGUUUGCAGAAGAUGCUUCAGCUUGUUUGAAAAGUCUUGUAAAUGCUGAUUUGUUAUGAGUUAAUGUCUAUAUACCUGGGCUCAUGUAAAAGUUUCUCGGGCCAAAAGGGAUUCCAAGUGGAAACAUUUAAGAAGCCCUUCUACAGCAACCAAAUGAUGAUGAUAGUAAUAAAUCUGUAUUUAUAUGCCACUUUUCUCCCACAAUAGGAACCCAAAGCGGCUUCGAACACUUUAAAAUACAAUACAAACCAACUGCAAUACAAUAGAAAGCAAAUGGAAGCAUUUGCUUCCAUUUUUCAAAUAACCGCUUCAAGUAAUGAAUUGUGAAUGUGGCUUGAUUCAUUAAACCACAGUGAAGACCAAUUGCAGUUAAGGUGUGUAGGGUUUUGAUUAUUAGUAAACAGUGGUUAACCCAAAAUGAAAAUGAAAACCUUGGCUCUUUUCAAGGCAUGCUGCAGGAGAGGAAGGGGAAGGGAAGAAAAAUGUGUUAUUCUGAACUGGCCCUUUGUUUGAGUUUGUAUUGUCUCAAAUAUAUACAUUCAACGCUCAGUUUCCUUGGAUACAUCAUCCCUUGGAAAGCAAUAGUUUGAAUUAUAUUUUGACUUAUUAUUCCUGUAUUUUUUCAUGUAAGAUGUCAUCUUUUUUCUCAUGAUAGAGAAAAAAAGAAAAGGGGUAAAAUAACUGCAGAAAUUAUUUCAUGAGAAUCCAAAGAAAUUUGAUUACUUCAAACUGCCAUGGUCGUGGUACUAAAGAUAUUAAGACAUCCCUGUAGGCUUCAGGGUAGAUUCCCCCCCCCUUUCAACUUCCCAAGUCAACAAUGUUUUGUUGUUGUUGUUGUUCUUUUUUUAAAAGAAUGUUCUCAACUUGAAAGGAUAAUGCCUUGCUUUAAAGAUGCCUCAUUAUUGCCACAAUGUUUAAAAAUGGAGCUCCCCUCUUUUGCCCCUCCCACAAAGACAAUGAAUGUGUAGUUUUCUGUGCUGAUAUCUCAUAUAUUGUAUUAAAUUAAUAUGGUUUUAAUGCAGGUUACAUGACUGUGAGGGAGAAUGUAUACGUUGAAAUUAUUGUUUAGAGUGGUAUUGAAAUACCACCUUGAAUUUUGUAUUUUGUGUAGACUUGGAGGUGUUACGAGGGCAGCAGUAGCAGCAGCAACCAUUCCUUCUUCAGCUUCAUCUACCACUACUUCGAUAUUAUAUAAGUGAAUUGAUUUCGAUAUGUUUUGGAAACUGUACACAAACUAAAAAUGCAACAUAUUUGCCAUUUGAAGGGAGGGGGAAUCCAAAACAGACUACUUUUAAUAUGCCAGAGUUCAGGAUCUUCAUUUCUUGGAGAGAUGUGCAACCAGUGCUUAAGAGGCAUAGGAUAUGGGCGGCAGGGAGGAGAAAGUGACAGGAGUGGAGGUAAUCUUUUCCCCCAGAGGUCAAUUAACCCCUUGUUGGUCACUUUGGUGGGGCAUUUUCUGGCAGCCCCCUUGCCCCCUCAUUCCAAAUCUUAAGAAGCACUUCAGCAAAGUCUACAAUGCACUCUGCAUUUUGUAGAGCCAAUUUUGCCCGGGAUCUGGGAGAUAUUGGGAUCUGCUGCAGUGCAUUCUAGGGCUUGUUUCAGACUUUCCUGUGACUUUCUUUCAUACAUUGUAACCCCUUUCAUCUGUGCUGCAGUGCACAUUGGCAGUGUGCGUUUUGUGGUUUCCAGUUGGCUUGGAGCCACAUUAAAUGGUCAGUAUAGAUGAGCCUUUUGUGUAGAAAGUCAGCCAUGUCCAUAUCAUUUGACCAUGAUCACAUGCUGCCAUUUCUUCUACAAACCAAAUAAUAUCUGAUGCUGAUGGAACAAUUUAUAGUACUGUAGGUUGGGAUCAUUUCACAUGCAAACUCCUGUUAUAAUGUAAGAGACUUCCUCAGGAAUCCAUUCCUAGUGCUACAGUCAGACUUGUUUGGCUUUGGCUAAUAUUAAAGCAACUUUUGUGUGUGUGGAUUGCUCAGUUAUAAUUAUAACCCAAGGACUUGAAUUUGCCUGUGGAUAAAGAUGCUGUAGAAACCAUCAAAGGAAAUUCUGGGUAUGGAUGUAUUAAUCCAAUUUCUGUGGGCCGUAAUGUUAUUUCCAUUAAAAUGUGUUACAGAUGAAAAAUAAGAGUUUGCAGAAAUGCUUUCUACAUAAGAAGGAAAGAAGGUAGAUUGGUUGAUUCUGAGUUCAAACAUAUUCCAUGAAGGUUUGAACUACAAUCUUCAAACUACACUUUCCUUCGUUGUGCCAUCUGCAGUAGCAAGACCUGUUUUGAUAGGACACCAACUCACUGCCUAGGUUUUCAGCAGAGAAUAUGAGCACACUUGUCCCUAUGCCGAUUUGUUUAGAUGCUAUAUUUUUGCUGCUGCUGCUGCUACUGCUGCCAGGAAAUGUAUAAGGCUCAAAAGCCUCAGUAACAGGCACAAAUCCUAUGGAACUUUGCUUGAAUUCCAUGACAGUGUUUGAGAGAAAGGAAAAUCUCAACAGUUUACACCGAAGUUCUUGGUGUGCUACAAUGCAAAGGGUUUUAUUUGACGAUACUGAAUGUGAUAUAUGUAUAGAGGAAUACGUCCUUGCCUUAUGUAAGGGUUGUAAACUUAUUUAAGUUAUGUAGACAAAUCAAAGUGGCAUUGCAUAUCCUUUUAGCAGGUAUGAUAACUGUGUUAAACAGCAACAAUGUAAACCUAGAUCACUGAAAGUUAAACCAAAGUUCCUCAACCUAUAUAUAUAUGUAUAUAUAUAUAUAUAUAUAUAUAUAUAUAGUAUGGUGGAAAUGAUUGAUUUGAUACUUUCCCAUGUUUACAUACUUCAAGACCUGACAUUAUUGUGAAAUGAAUAAUUCCAGCAACCUCAGAUUGAAUUUCUAAGAGAGGCUAUCAAUCCUGUCUUAUUAUUAAAAUUUAUGUUUUAUUUUUAUAUAUCAGAGGAUGAUCACUAUUCCAAAAUAGCCUUCUCAGGACAAAGAACCUUACUCAGGGAAAAUGCCAUGUAAUUCAUUUUUCUUCUAUUCUUUUGCAGAUGUUCUUGUUUUUAAUUGCUUGCUCAGAAAUAACCAAAAAUACUUUUAUACAGCUAUUUACUACUAUAUACAUAUUAUAAGCUACCUCUGUUUACAUAGAGAUGAGUUUGUGAGAGCUCACAUAACUGUUUUUUUUCCCAUUAUACUUUCCCUUGCCAAAAGAAGUGCAGUAGUAUUUCUGUUCCAAAGUGAACAUAUGUGACUUGACGUUGACAAAUAUGGCUGACUUUCAGAGUACUGGAGUGGGCAGCUUCUCCCCAUUUCUGAAAUUCUAUGCCACAUUGUUUACAUAGGGAAUAGUAAAGUUAUUCUGUUUACAGCAAACAACUACCUCAAACCUACAAGCAACAUCUUUGUGCUGCUCAGGCCUUAACGUGGCUGUUGAUCCUAUGGUACAUACCGAGUGUUGUUUUAAUGCGGCAAUUAACAGUCUCUGCCUCUGUGACUUGCUUUCACUGCAAAUGUUAGGACAACUGUGUGCUUCACAUUUUUUAAAAUGAUGCAUUCACUUGAAAUUGUGUGAGUGUCUUUCUUAAAGCUUAGUUUUAUUUCUGCCUGAAAAAGAAAUUGAUACACGCAAACAUGCACAAAGACAACUGAUUUUCCUUAGUAUAUGGAAAUUAAUUAGCUGUUCACUACAGUAAAAUUACAGCAUUUUAUUUUAUUUUGCUCUGUUACUACGGUCAAAAGACUUUGAAACAAGCUACAGGGGAGAAUGGGGCACGGAGGCUUAAAGCUAACUCUCUUAGAAGGGUCAUUUCGCCAUUGGCAUCUCUCCUGCCCUCUCAAAAUGUAUUGUGACUGAUCUCUUUUUAGACAGUUGAGAAUUUUACCAGAUUCCAUAUUGAAAUCAGUAGGGAUUGUGCCACUUAAUUGAUACAAAAUACUAUAUGCACACUUGCAUAAUGUCUCUUAGAAAGACCAUUCUGGAAGAAGAAAAAACCAGGACAAUUACUUAGGAGCUGUUUGAGUCCUAAAAUUUGCUCUAAAAUGUGAUUCUUUUGCCAAAUAAAGGCAACACAAUUCUUUGUUUUCAUUUUUUUAAAAACCAUCUUUAAUUUGUGCUAGUGGUAUCCCAAAGUUACUUUAGUAUGUAGUUUUGUGGAUGGAGACCCAUAAAAGUGUUUGUAGUCCUUGUGACCUUCUUUGUAAGGAAAAAUUAAAAAGAAUGUGGGAAGACCUCAUUAAGUCUUAAAGCUAAUUUAAAUUAAUUUAUCUCUAAGAAAUGUUUAUCAUAAAAAAUAUAUGUGUGUGUGUUUUCCUCCUCCUUGUGUUAUGACAGAUAUGAAAGUAAUUGGGAAAAAGAUGUGUGUGCAGAUGCACUGAAUUUAAUUUUACUAGAUGUCUCGAAUGAGAUUUGAUUACUUUGUCUUUGCUCACUUUUAAAGACUUGUUAAAUAUGUUUUGUUCUGUUGUAUAUCGACAGCAUUUUGAUGCUGGUUGUAUUGUGACAUUGUGACUAGCUAGUGAUCAGAUAUUGGCAUAGGAACAAAAGGCUUUAUCAGACAGUAACAUGGGAUGUGGGAAUGUUUGAGGAGAACAACUUUUGACCUCUGGGCCACAUUCAUCUCUCUGAUGGAUGUAUGGAUGUCUGAUCUCCACAACCCAGAAACCCCAGAUACAGAAGAAGGGUGAAGAUGAGCAGAUUUGGUGGUAACAACAGGGCAAAGUAUUUUAGGAGGUGUCCUAAAAUGAAAUUAGUUGCUUCUUAGGCUUUUAGGACUAGGACCGUGAGCUUGAAGCUACUUUUCAAGCACACAGCUUUUCUUUCGAAAGUGCAAGUUGCCAGCCAGCACAACAAACUCAGAAUAAAACUGAAUGUUAGAAAUUAUUUGGGCAUUUGCUAUAACAGUUGCUAACCUAAAAUGGCACACACGUUCUGAGAAGACAUCAUAUUGGUUUUGACUACCUCUUGCAUUUUAUUACUUUUUUUUUUACUUACAAAUUGGUUAAUGAGUAUUUCCAGAAUGGCUUGAAUCUGUAUAUUGUUCAUAGGAAACCCAAUAGCCAGAGACCAAAGUGAACAUUGAUAUCUAUGCGUCUUGAGUAUUGUCUUUUUUUCUAGUGUUUUUAAGCCUGUCCUCUCUAGUGUAUAGAUUACCUCAUGGUCCAUUUUGAUUCAUGUUUUGUUUACAAGGUAUAAUAAAGAAAAUCACUUGAAUUGUUUAGGUCUUUUGAAAGAAAAGACAGUUGAUUUUUUUAAAAAAAACUUUUAGUUUUGGAACAUCGUUUUUUUCCUCCUUCAUGUUUACUUACUGUCUCUGUCUUGUUGGAUUGAAGCACUGAUUGCCUUUCUACAUAUCCUGUAUUUUAUAUUUUCAUUUAAUGCCUAUUGCCUAAUGUUUGUAUUUCUAUCAAUCAUUGAUAUGUGACUGAGGUUUAAAAGGAUUACAUGAUGAAAAAUAAAACAUGUAACAUUGGCAUUUA